AUGGAUCCGGUGACGGUCUUCAAGCUCGUGUCCAUCGGGUGCAUCUGGAUCGUGGGCCUCGUGGGCGGCCUGACGCCGGCGCUGCUGGCGUCGCGACACGACAAGUCGCCGACGCUGAGCAUCCUCAGCGCGUUCUCGGGCGGCGUUUUCCUGGCCGGCGGCUUCUUCCACCUGCUGCACUCGGCCGUGGAGAACCCGGCGCUGCGCCGCUGGUCCACGGAGGACGAGGGCCGCUACGAGUUCCCGUACGCCGAGAUGUUCUGCACCAUGGGCUUCCUGGGCCUGCUGCUGCUGGAACAGGCCGCGCAGGCCAAGAUGAGCAGCUCGGCCGGCGAGGCCGGCACCUACGUGGCCGCCAAGAGUGAGGAGGACGACGAGGAGCUCCGCGGGGCCACGGAAAGCGACGACACGUACCUGGGGGACCUGGACGUGGACGACGAAGAACAGGCCCUGGCCGCGGGUAGCAACGUGCGCCGCAGCCACGCGGGCCACUCGCACGGCCCGGGCCAUGCCGAUGAGGCCGACGCCGGGUCGCUGGCCGUGGCCAUUGUGCUGUUCAUUGCGCUGUCCUUCCACUCGGUGCUGGAGGGACUGGGCAUCGGCGCCCAGACGGAGACGGCGUGGGGGGUCUUCAUGGCCAUCAUCAUGCACAAGGGGCUGGCGGCCUUCGCGCUGGGCUCGGGCCUCGUGCAGAGCGCCAUGCCCGUGACCUACGUCAUGCUCUACAUGUUCGUCUUCUCCUUCAUGAGCAUCAUCGGCAUCGUCGUCGGCUGGAUCAUUGCGGCCGACUCGUCGGAAGACUCGGCCGCGGCGGGCAUUUGUGUGGCCCUGGCGUCCGGCACCUUCAUCUACGUGGCCGUCAUGGAGGUCAUCCCACAGGAGUUCCCGCGCCACAGCCACGGAGGCGGCGACGAGGGCCACGGCCACCAGCAGAAGGACUCGGCCACACUGAAGAAGUCCAUUGCACUGGUGGCCGGCUAUGCCAUCUUCGGCCUGCUCGCGAAGUGGUCGUAAAGUGUGCGGAUACUGUUGCAUAUAUGUAUUUGCAGGAGAAAUCGUCGCACAAACUUGAAGUAAAAAGAAAAUCGAGCGACAACGUUGAGUAAGAAAGACAGCAGUGCAAGUGAAUACACAAUGAUUUAACAC